UGUGGAAAAUCAUUCUUUCAAAGAACUCACUUGACUAUUCACAAGCGUAUUCAUACAGGAGAGAAGCCAUUUCAUUGUAAUAUCUGUGGUGAAUCAUUUUCUCUAAAUGACACUUUAACUAAACACAAACGUAUUCAUACCGGAGAAAAGCCAUAUCAUUGUGAUAUCUGUGGUAAAACAUUCUCUCAAAGUUAUCACUUGACUAAACACCAGCGCGUUCACACAGGAGAGAAACCAUAUCAUUGUGAUAUCUGUGGUAAAUCAUUUUCUUGUAAUAGUCACUUGACUAGACAUAAACGCAUUCAUACAGGAGAGAAACCUCAUCAUUGUGAUAUCUGUGGUGAAUCAUUCUCUGAAAAUGGCAGUUUAACUAAACACAUACGCAUUCAUACAGGAGAGAAGCCAUAUCAUUGUGAUAUCUGUGGCAAAUCAUUCAUUGAAAGUGGUCAAUUGAAUAAGCACAAGCGUGUUCAUACAGGAGAGAAACCAUAUCAUUGUAAGAUCUGUGGCAAAUCAUUCAUUGAAAGUGGUGACUUGAAUAAGCACAAGCGUGUUAAUACAGGAGAGAAACCAUAUCAUUGUGAUAUCUGUGGUAAAUCAUUCUCUUGUAGUGGCCACUUAUCUGAUCAUAAACGCAUUCAUACAGGGGAAAAACCAUAUCAUUGUGAUAUCUGUGGUAAAUCAUUCUCUCGUAAUAGUCAAUUGGUUAAUCACAAACGCAUUCAUACAGGAGAGAAGCCAUUUCAUUGUAAGAUCUGUGGCAAAUCAUUCAUUGAAAGUGGUCAAUUGAAUAAGCACAAGCGUGUUCAUACAGGAGAGAAACCAUAUCAUUGUGAUAUCUGUGGUAAAUCAUUCUCUCGUAGUGACCACUUGUCUGAUCAUAAACGCAUUCAUACAGGGGAAAAGCCAUAUCAGUGUGAUGUCUGUGGUAAAUCAUUCUCUGAAAGUGGUGUCCUAACUAAACACCAGUGCAGGAUAUAAACCAUAUCAUUGUGAUAUCUGUGGUAAAUCAUUCUCAUACAAUAGUGACUUGACUAUUUAUAAGCAUAUUCAUACUGGGGAAAAACCAUAUCACUGUGAUAUCUAUGGUCAAUCAUUCUCUCAAAAACGCCAUUUAUGUACACAUGUGAGUCUUGACACAAAAGUGCAACCAUUCAGUAUUAAUCUUUAUUACAACAAUUAUGGCUAUUUUUUUCUGCUGAAAGACUGGGCUAUUUUUAUCUCUUCAAAUAUGAUGUUAUCGACUUCAAUUUCAAUAAUGUCAGCAUCAAAUUCAUGAAUGUUAUGUAUAUAUAUGGAAGUAUAUCAACAAUGCCUUUGAUUUCUGAAGAUGAUUGCUCUGGAUUUUUGAGCAAUUUGCUUUGAGAGAAUAAAGAAAUGGGAAUAAUGAAUAAAAGGUUACACUGAAGUUGGUUUUGUCUAUGUGUUUUCAUCAUUGUCGCUGUUAUCAUCAUCAUCCUUUAGUGAAAUUUUUUUUUUUUACUGGCAUGGGUGGCACAGUGUGACAUGAGCUGGCAAACCAUGAUGCUGCACUAGGUUCCAGUCUGAUUUGUUUGGGUUUCUUUGGGUGUAUU